CUCUCUCUCUCUCUCUCAGGUCUGGUACGAUGUCCACCACUUACCAGAAGCACACUGCUCCCCAGAAUCUCUACAUCCCAGUCACCAUGAGCUCAAUCCCUGUGUUCCAGCGUGGCGGCACAAUUAUCCCACGCAAGGACCGAGUCCGCCGCUCCUCCGAGUGCAUGGCCGGAGACCCCUACACUCUCUACGUGGCUCUGAACCCGCAGAACGCUGCCAGCGGGGAGCUGUUUGUGGACGACGGACACACGUUCAGCUUCAAGACCAAGAAUCAAUACAUCCACCGCAAGUUCACCUUCGCAAACAACUCCCUGACUUCCAGCAACGCAGACCCCAGGGGUGAGUUCACAAGUGCAGCCUGGAUUGAGCGUGUGGUGAUCAUGGGGGCACAGAGACCCAGCGGCGUGCAGCUCCAGGGACCAGAGGGCAGCCAGACGGAUCUGGAGUUUGAGUUCGACUCGGAGACGUCUGUGUUAACCCUUCGCAAGCCGGCGGUCAGCGUGGGCUCGGACUGGAGCCUGGUCCUGCGGUAAUGAAGCCCCUCCCCUCUCCGCUGUGGCUGGGCGGGGCGCUGACCGAGGGGAGGAGUCUGGGGAGCAACGAGCAGGGAGGAGGAGGAGGAGGAGGAAAGCCUGAGCACAUCCGCUUGAGCGCUGGAACAAAUCAGAACUGAGAGAGAGAAACUAAACUAUGAUAGUAAUAAUAAUAACCAAAAUAAAAACUGGCAAUCCUGAGGCAGGUGCUUUUUAAUAAAUAAAUUUAAAUAAAUGUAUCAUUGAUCUCCGCUUGCAAAAGGGUUAUUAGUUGACACAGUGGUUAGCCAGCAUUAAUCAAGACUCCUGUUGCACAGCAGUGUGAUCCAGUCCUAGUUUCACUGGGAGUUUAAUAAUCAGACACACCUGAGCUUGUUAGUUAGACACACUGGGGACUGAUCAAGCUGGUAGUGGCGACACUGCUGUGCAAUAGGAGUCUUGUUUCCUGACUCUUCAGCACUGGGCUGUUUUCCGCGGAGGGGAGAGAACAGGAGCUGCAUGAAAAUCGGGAUGAAUAAUUUGUCAGGAUUUGAAUAUGCACUUCCAGCGACCUUUGAGUGGGAGAGAGAACUCUCUCACCGCAGCUUCUCUCUUCACAAUGAUUUCCAGGUGGCUGUGAAAGACAGAUCUCUCGUUUUCUGAAUGUUUUAAAAUAUUCAGAACGGGGCGGGUUGAGUUUCUAUUGCAGUUCUGAUUUGUGUUCCAGAUGGUUUGGGAUUAGAUUUUUUUUUUUAUUUUAAGCAACAUUUUGUUUAAAAGAUAAAUAAAUAAAUAAAUAAAUAAAUAAAUAAAUAAAUAAAUAAUUGGACGAUAAACCCUGUCGAUGCAUUCUACAGUUGUGUGUUUUAAAAAAUGUCAGAUUUCUUUUUUUUUUUUUUACAUCAUGGAUAAAAUUAGUCAGUUUACGUUGUUGCAUAUUAAUGACUGUGAAGCCCAAACGGUUUUUGUUUUUUUCCAUCCUUCAUGGCGAUUUGAUUGUUUUUUGGUUUUUUUUCUAACUUAGACCAUUUUGUUUGUUUUUUGUCUUGUCCUGUAAUUUUUACCUGUUCGAAGAGGCAUGUUUCUUCUGUUAUUGUACUCUGGACACUUAUUAGAAACCUUUCUCAGCGUCUUCAGUGUAAAUUCAAUGGCAAACGUUUCCACUAGAAGUCUUUCUCAGUGUCUUCAGUGUAAAUUCAAUGGCAAACGUUUCCACUAGAAGUCUUUCUCAGCGUCUUCAGUGUAAAUUCAAUGGCAAACGUUUCCACUAGAAGUCUUUCUCAGCAUCUUUAAUAGAUAUCACAAAAUAAUUAAAUUCAAUGACAAAUGUGUGUUUUUUUUUUAAUACUUCUAAUAGUAAUGUUUGUUUUUGAAUACAUUUUAUAACUUGUAUUUUUCGUGCAGCUGAGUGUUGGUAUCUAGCACUUACAAAAUAUGUUUGUUUCCCCUUCAUGUAAUGUACAUUCCAAUGGUUGCUGUAUUGUGGUUUAUGUGAUAGACCUUCACUGCCCCCUUCUGGCCAAAACAGUCACUGCACUCUGCUGAGCUUAAAAAAUAAGUUUUUAGUGUUUGUUCUUAGGGGUGUCGCAUUGCACUAAUGUCACGAUACCUGCCAUGGUUCUGAUGGUCUGUUUGUAUGAUAAUGACUUUGAAACUCGGUGUCCAGAGUACAUGCCCCCUCUUUUGAAAAAAUGUGUGUCCUGAUUUUAUAAUUGCAAUUUAAAAAAAAAAAAAAAAAAAAUUGGAAAAGUGUACUGGAUUUAAUUUUUUUUUUUUUUUUUUGGAUCAAUUUAAAGUCAAAUUUUGGGACCUUUUGAUAAAUAGAGCAAGAGACUAUCCAAUAAAAUGAAACUAAUAAAAUAAAAAAUAAAACAUGAA